AAAUUCAGCAACUCUGUCAUACACAGCAUUUGUGAAUAAGGUCAAGAGCUCGGGCAUGCCGAUUUUUAUUAUUUUCUCAUCAAAUGACAAUUUAAAAAAUUUCUUUUAUUAUUUCAAAUUUUCCCGAAAAUGGAGUCGAUGGAUACUGCCGAUAACCUGGAUGAUCUCCUUCACAAGGCCGAACAAUUAACGGCCAUAAUUGAUGGAAACAUUGAAAUGCCUCGUAUCGAAAGAAAUUUGAAACAAUUAUUGGAAGCAAGUGAUCAAAUGUAUACCAGAACAACUACAUCAUCGGCAAAAGAUGCUAACGAUGUACGUGCUUCAGUAUUGCUUGGCUCAAAGGGAUUUGAUUUACAAAAAGUCAGUCAACAAUUGGAAUCGCUGAAUCAGAUGAAAAAACCGAUUCAAAUCGAAACUGAAACCGAUUCUGACAUUCAAGGAUUUCUCAAAAAAGAAUAUGAAAAUGCUAUUGUUAAAAAUAUUGAAAAUGUUCGAUCAUCUACCAUUGAAAUUUCGGAUAAAUUUUAUUUGAAUUAUAUACAAAAAGAGUGGAAUGACCAGAAAACCCGUAUUUUGAACGCUUUAGUCGGUCCUGAUGAGAUAAAAGAUAUGAACUUUGAUCUUACGAUUGAUUCUUUAAAUGUUCGAACCUCUCCACAUCAACAAUCACCGCAAAGAACCAAAUUAUAUUUCGACAAAACAUUCAUUGAUAAAUCUUCAAUAUCAUCCAUGAAUGCGUCAGAGAUGGCAUUCGCUCAAGAAGUGGUUAAAUAUGUUGAUCAAGUGGUCAAUACAUCGAUUCGAACUGAUCUUACUGAAACAUUUUGUACUGUGGCUCGAAACAUAAUUGGAGAAAGCUUGGUGAUUGAUCUUUGGUCAAUGGUUUCUUCGCUUCUUUCAUCAAAUAUACCCGAAAUAGCACAAAAAGAUCCGUUGAUGCGAAGACAAAAUUUUAAAUUGAAUCUUCAUUUUCUCAACAAAUCUUGUCAUUAUCUAGAACAAAAAUUUAUUCAAACCAUGCAAGGAAUUGUCAAUGAUCCCAUAGGCCAAAAUAUUUCUAGCGAUGUAAUUUACAGAUUAGUCAAGGAUUAUUUGAAUAUCAAGACUCCAUUCUAUUCUAGCAAUUCAUCAUUCAAUCUUGGUAUUUCAUCAAAAGAUGUUUGGGAAGACGGUACGGUUGAUGGUAUUCCGGUUUGGUGUUUCGUUUUUUAUUGUCUUCGUGCUGGUUCAAUCGAUGCUGCAAUUCAAGUAGCGCAAAAAAUAUCAAAUCAUUCAUUGAAAAAUGAACUGACCAAUAUAUUACGUGAUUACAAAGUAAGCCAUGACGGAUAUUUGAGUCGUAAAACGGAAGAAGCUCUUCGACUGACUUAUCAAAAAAGUGUUCGUCUUAGCAACGAUGUAUUCAAGAAAUCCGUCUAUUCUAUAUUUGCUCGAUGUGCGCACGAUGAAUUUGAUCCGCAAAUAUUCGACAAAGUUGAUGAUUUUUUAUGGAUCAAAUUGAAGAAAGUUUCGUUCAACGAUUCAGAAAAUGAACAAUUUUUAACCACAUCCAUAACCACUUCUGCUGAUCAAUUUGAUUUAUGUAAAUUUAAAAAAGAAAUCAUUGAAGAAUUGGGUGAAAAUUAUUUCGAAGCUCAAGAGCAACCUUUUCUUUAUUUUCGAGCUUUAUUUUUGACACUACAAUGGGAAGCAGCUAUCGAAUUUUUAUUCCGUUUCGAUGCAUAUCGUUGUUAUGCAUUACAUAUAGCGUUGGCUUUACAUGAAAAAAAUUUGAUUGUUCCAUCACAACAUAUAAAAUUGUCUAUAUUGUCUCGAUCGCCAAAUGAUCCGGUUGAUAUUCAACGAUUAAAUUUGGCAAAAUUGAUCAGUAUUUAUACGAAAAAAUUCGAAAUAACCAACACAAUUGAUGUUGUGUACUAUUAUUAUUUUCUUCAUAAUAUUCAUACACCAUCGGAAGAAUCGUUAUUCAAUUCCUAUGUUUCACAAUUAGUUCGUGAAACGAAAAAUUAUGAUUUACUAUUAGGUUAUAUCAGUACUGAAGGUGUUCGUGUUCCCGGAGCUAUAGAUAAAUUUAAUCAAGAUGUCAGUGUCAUCAUAACAAAAGUUGCCAUUGAUUUGGAAAAAGAUGGAUAUUUUGAAGAUGCUGUUCAAUUAUAUGAUUUGGCUGGAAAUCAUUCGAAAGUUUUGUCAUUACUUAACAAAAUGCUUAGUCCAUUGGUUGCACAACAAAAAAAUGUUGAUUCCAAACGUAAUCGUAUUGAAGAAUUUGCUAUACGAAUUGCUGAACGGUAUUGUAAUCAAAAAUGUAAUGCAUCAAAAGAAUUGAAAUCUACAUUUUAUUUGCUGAUUGAUUUAAUGACAUUUUUCGAUUAUUAUCAUAAUCAACAAUAUAAUGAAGCAUUAGAUACAAUUAUAAAAUUGAACAUAUUUCCAUUGCGACCAUCAGAAAUUGAUGGUAAAGUCAAUGACUUUACAAAUUAUCCGGAUGAAAUUCGACGAAACAUACCAGAUCUAUUAUUGGCAACAAUGGACAUUCUAUGUGCUCAGUACAAAGAAAUCAAAAAUUCUAUCCCUAAAAUAAUCAAUAAAUUUGGAUUUCUUGGCGAUGCUUCAAAUAAAGAACAGCUUUGCAUCGAAUUACGAGAGAAGGCAAAAUCUCUGAUUACUUUUGCUGGAAUGGUACCAUAUCGUAUGCCUGGCGAUGUUAAUGCCAAAUUAAUUCAAUUAGAAUCAUCUAUGACAUGAAUUAUUUGAACAAAAAAAAAUAAAAGAUUUUUCUUUA